AUGGAAUCAAUAAACCGAUCCUUAGACGAAUUUUACUCUCCCCACGCGCGCGAAUUGCUCGACGAAUUGUCUGAGCACUUCACAAUCACCGACCCUUCCAUUUCAGGCCACCCUAUAGUCUUCGCCAGCCACGCGUUUCUCAAGAUGACUGGCUUCACGCGCGAUGAAGUCGUUGGUAGAAGCGGUGCCAUGUUUCAAGGUCCAGCGACGUGUCGUAGGGCGGUGAUGGAAAUUCGUGAAGCUGUUAGGGAAGAAAGAGAGGUUCAAGUUGUUUUGGUUAAUUAUCGUAAAAACGGCACGCCGUUUUGGGUUUUGUUGAAUGUUUGUCCUGUUUUUAGUGCGAACCGUGGUGCUGUUGUUCAUUUUGUUGCUGUUCAGGUUCCGCUGCUGAGGAAACCGAGGGUUUGUGGUUCUGGUGGUGGGUUUUCUCAGGUGAAUGAGUUUGCGUUCCGGUGUUGUCGAAAGGAAGUUUGUUCUGAUUCUUUGGCGGAACUUAGUCGUGUUUCUUCCGCUAAUCGAGUAUUGGAACAUGAUGUCGCUGAAUUGGAGAGUGAAGAGCCACGCGAGGCAAGUGGUGAUGAGAGAAGAAGUGCUGCGACGGCCAUGGACAACAUUUUUUCUGUGCUAACCCACUAUAGCGAGUUGACGGGGAAAUUCGUGUGUAGAAAGAGAUGCAGCGUUCCUGACGUGGGUCUUCUUAGCUCUUCCUUGAUUAUUUCUCUUGGUAGAAUCAAACAAAGCUUUGUAUUAACUAAUCCACAUUUGCCAGACAUGCCUAUUGUUUAUGCCAGUGACACCUUCAUGAAAUUGACAGGUUAUGCAAGAGAUGAGGUAUUGGGCCGCAACUGUAGAUUUUUAGGUGGAAGCGAUACUGAUGCCUCAACUCUACAUCUGAUAAGGGAGAGCGUCAAAACUGAACAACCAUGCACAGUACGUAUUUUGAAUUACAGGAAGGAUAAAAGCUCAUUUUGGAAUCUACUUCACAUCUCACCUGUUCGGGAUGCUUCUGGAAAGGUAGCAUACUUUGUCGGGGUCCAAAUAGAAGAUGACUAUAAAAACGAUGAUUUUAGGCGGUGUUGGAGACCUGAUAUGAAGCAGCUUAGCGUGGUUGGUGUAGUCAAGGUUGCAGUGAGGAGUUUAUCCAUGUCUGCUGGGUCGUCAAGGUUGCAGUGA